AGAGGGGAAAUUCAGGUUGGAUACAAGGAAGAAGUCUUUUGCAGUGAAGGUGGUGAGGCACCGAGCAGGCUGUCCAGUGAUGUGGUGGAUUCCCCAUCCCUGGAGGCUUUCAAGGAAGGCUGGAUCAGGCCCCGGGCAACCUGAUCUGGCUGUGGUGUCCCUGUGCAUUGCAGGGGAGUUGCAGUGGAAGAGCUUUGGAAGCUUAAAAGAAGGAAUGUCAGCCUCAAAGAACUGCAGCGAAGUGCUGGCCCACUGAAGCUGACUUAGAGCACUCUUAGAAGGAAAUGGAAUGGGAGAGCCAGGGAGAGUGAGAGGAUGGGUGUGUUAUCAGCUCCCUGUCUGCUGCCAGCUCAGGCUUUCCCACAUGGCAGAGAGGUGGCUGACAGGGCUCUGCUCUUUAACACAUCACUUCAGGUAACAAAUUCUGGGUGGUGACAUAAGGGCAUCAUAAAGGCAGUGUGGUUGUGAUGGAUUGGUAGGAGGAGCUGUGAAUUGAGAGCUCAGCUCUGCUGGGGGGCAUUUUGCAUCAUUUUGCAUACCGUAAUCUCAUUAAUCAUGUUAAUUUUGAAAGCCUUUCAGUGUUGUCAGGAAAUGGACACCAACUAGGAGCAAUUCUGCCCUUGGAUAAAGACAGCAUUUAAUCUGAGAUAGCAUCUUUUAGAUGCUUGCUUUGCAGGGUAAUCCCCAGGAAGCUGCACCUUUUUGGACUGUGCUCAAGCCGAAGUCUGGGGCCAAUAUUGACUCCCAUUCUUGUUCUGAACAUCUGUGGCGUCUGUCAUGCUUUGGGUUGUGUGUUCCUUUGGACCUGGUACUGCUGAGCUCUCACCUCCUGGCUUUGCACAGCCCCAGCUGUGGUGACAGCCCCAGCUCCCUGCUCUCCACGUGAUGGAGAGGAACUUUUGGACACAGUGAGUCCCCUUCACCAAAGCGGUGAUGAAUUCAUGUUUUCAUUUCAGUCCAGAUGAAGGCUGUAAAUUUUCCAGGUAUAUAAAUAGAGUAGUAAACACACUUGUGUGCUCCUGCAGAGUAACUUCAGCUUUUCAGAAGUGAUUUCUCAUUGCACUGUUUGAAUACUUGGACAAACCCAGGAUUCCCUUGCUUUUUGAUGAACACGUUACGCUGCCUCACGUGCAGUGAAGUAGCAGGGUUGUGUUCACACACCCUCAGGUCAACCUCCAUCCUGCUGUCCCACAUCUGUUGUGUUGGGAUGGCUGUGGGGUGAGGGCAGCGGGUGCUGUAAGAAAGAAAAGACAGGAACAGAAUGUAAGGAAGGAUUUUCCCCGUUAGCUUUGGCUGCUCCACAAAACAGAUCUCAACUUUUGCAGCACAUCACUGUGCAGUGAGAGUGCUGUGCCUUGCACUCAUGUGUUCCUGUAUUCACACAGGGCUUAUAAGCACUGUGCCUCUCCUGUAGGAUGCAACCUACAGAGGACGGCCUUGUCUUCAUAUAACUGAUCUCUGCUUGGCUUUGUUUUUCCCUCCCUGUGCUCACAGAACUAUUUUUGCUUUCUUUGAAGGAUUGGACCUAUCCCAUGAGGAGAGAGAUGCAGGAAAUUUUACCUGGGUUAUUUUUAGGCCCAUACUCUUCAGCUAUGAAAAGCAAGCUACCUAUACUUCAGAAGCAUGGAAUAACCCAUGUAAUAUGCAUACGGCAAAACAUCGAAGCCAAUUUUAUUAAACCAAACUUCCAGCAGCUAUUUAGGUAUUUAGUCCUGGAUAUUGCAGAUAAUCCAGUUGAGAAUAUAAUACGAUUUUUCCCUAUGACUAAAGAAUUUAUUGAUGGAAGUUUACAAAGUGGAGGAAAAGUUCUUGUCCAUGGAAACGCAGGGAUUUCUAGAAGUGCUGCCUUAGUUAUUGCAUACAUAAUGGAAACGUUUGGCGUGAAGUACAGGGAUGCGUUUACUUACGUUCAAGAAAGAAGGUUCUGUAUUAAUCCUAAUGCUGGAUUUGUCCAUCAACUUCAGGAAUACGAAGCCAUCUAUCUAGCAAAACUGACCAUCCAGAUGAUGUCACCGCUGCAGCUGGAGAGAUCGCUCUCUGUUCCGCCUGGCACUACAGGAAGUCUAAAGCGAAUGCAUGAAGAGGACGAAGAGCUUGGAACCAUGCAAGUGGCAGCAGCACAGAAUGGAUGAGGACAGCACUGUUUGCAUUGUGAGCUCCUGCUGAGAAAGUUCCCCAGAAGCUUUGCUGAGGGACAGUCCCUCCAGAGCAAGCCUGAACUUCUUAGCCUGUGUCAAGGCUACUUAGAGACCUGUUACAAAUAGCAGAUUCUGGCUUGAAAACUACUGCCUGGAUUAAAGCGUGCUGCUGGAACAGAUGCUGGUGACAGCUGAGGAAAUCUUCCUGCAGUAAGUCAAGGCUUUUAGUUGAGCCAGGACACCUGGGCUGGGGCUUUGUAGCCUGACAGUCUCUCAUGUGUAAGGUGAAGGCCCUGUGUCACUCAGGGAGCUUCAGUGGAGCUGGGAGAGCAGCACUUUCCCCUUAUUGCCAUUUGUCCUGUGCUGUGUGCUUCAGUGAAGAAGUUACGUAAAUUCUUCAGAAAAAAAAAAAGUCUUUGGAAAACGUAUUGUGCUUGAGUCAGGAAACUUCCAGCUUUAAAAGAACAGCUUUGAAGCUGUUGGGAAAUGAAAUCCUCAGGCACCUCACCACUUAGCCUCCAAUGCUCCCAGUUGGCUGUGCAGUUUGUGGAUGCCUCCCUCGUGCAGCAGACACCAACUGCUGCCAGCUACGAGCUUCUCAUGAAGCAGGGCUGGGAAACAGAACUUCUGAGUAAAGCUGCUUCCUCCUUCAGCUCCCACGGGCCUCCUUGGGCAAGAGUAGAGAUGAAACACAGACAAAAGAACGCUGCUGAUUCAUCCAACCAUCCCCUGCCAGAGAGCCUUAUUCAUGUCUAGUCUGGUUCUGUUAACUCACUGGGGUCCUGCAGUUUCCUUGGGGAGACUGUCUCACCAACUGUUAGGCUUCAUGACUAAGGAUUUCCCACCAGUUGUCUUUUCACUCCAUUACCACCUUCCUCUGACUGCUGAAGUCGUUGUGGCGUGUGCCUGCUGCCCUGCAGAUAACAGCCUCUCAGGUCCAAAGGGAUUCUGAGAUGAGAUUUUCUCUUACGUACAACUAUGUAGCUUUGUAUUUGAAGCUGUCAUUUCUUGCUUCUUGAUAGUAGGUAUUUCAAUUACCAUUUGCUUUCUGAGGUUAAACUAGAGGUGGCAUUUGGCAGCAAGCAUCCCUGCCUGGGGUCUUUGGGUAUCACUGCAGGCUGAACUUUUUUCCCUCCUCAGAUUCAGAGGUACAGUUGCAGCACUGAAGUCUUUGUAUUCCACAGCUGUAUGUUAAGAUAGAAGAGUUCCCUUUCCAUUUUAGGGGAAGCUGGGUGAAGGAAGGAGCUAGGGGUGGCAUACUGUGUGUGGAGAACUACAAACCAAGGACUGAAGGCUUAAGGAGCAGCUAACAUUGAGCUUUGGAGAAUCUGGUGGUGAAGUCCAGGCUAUUGGAAAGCAUCUCCCUGUUUGAUUUCUGACAACAUCUGUGGUUCCUUUGUUCUCCCAGGAGGCCUCGUCCCUCCUUUUGAGCCUGUGCUGCUGUAGAUAAAGAAGUUCUGUCGGUUCAAAAGACACAGUGUAAUUGAGUAUCUCCUGCUUCUGUUGCUCUUAGUGGCAAUUGCCAGUUCCUGUGAACUGACAGAUUAAAAUGCAUGUGCCAUGUAUUCUUCCAGCUGGCUGAAACUGCAGUGACAUUUGUAUGUCACUAGCCAGACUGUUAGCACCCCUCAGAGCAUCUGCCAGCACUUAACAGAGCCAUUCCCUACCAUGCAGGGUUGGUGGUGUGCUGAAUAACUUGUUGAAGUCUCAUUUCUGCCCUACAGCUUUCACACUUUUCCUCCAGAGGGAUUCCUGACAGUUCAGCAGUUAAACUGCACCUUUCCUCACACAGCACAGCUCUUCUGUACCCCCAGCCAUCCCCAAAAGGUGAGGCUGCCAAGGUUGGCAAUGUCAUCUCUAGUACAGAGCAGAGGGCCCUUCCACGUUAAAGCAGGAUUCCUCCCAGCAGAACAGAGCCAUGCAGCCACAAAACCGAGCUUUCAACCUCGUUCAUUUGUUUUACAAUGAUCUCAGCUGAGUACAUCGUCACCCGCUCCUCACUUGCACUAAUCAUUUCAUUAGCUCUUAAUGAGAGCCUAGAGCUACUGAGAUGGCACAGUAUCACAGAGCUCACAUAUUCCACUUCAAAGUAGUGGAAGUGCAGAACUGAUUUAAACAGGGAGAAGCAAAACACUCCACGUUGCUCACAGGGGUCAGCACACAUCAGCAGAUGUGUUAUAGUUCAGAGCUGGGGCUCUAGCUGCUUUCAGCUGUCAGCAGAGCCCCAGUUCCCCCUCAGGUACACACACCCCUAGGAAAUGAGUGCCCAGGCUUAACUGCAGCUUAGCAGAAAGUGGGUGAGAAGCUCCAGUCUGGCUCCUGAGGCGUGCAGGGCUCGGAGCUGGACUUGCUCUCAUUUUCUCACCACUCCUGGCAGCCCGUGGCUGCAUCUGUAAGCAAUCAAGCUGUGCAGAUGCACACCUCAGGUUUCGUGCCUUCCUCUAAAGGCAUCCACGAAAGGCAUCUUGCUUCACAGAUGUCAUGCUUCAUGAGGUGCCAUACUUGAAAUCAACAUGAAGACUCAAAAAAAACAAAGUUCAGUUCAGAAAAGCAGAUCGAAGGUACAGCAGUAUCCAAAACAGAGCAGAUGUAGUUGGCAGUCUUAAUUUAUUCAGCUUAAACAAAGAUUUUUUUAAAAAAUAAUCAAUAAAUAAAACAGACAUUACCAAGGGGACACUGUAUUGAGUGAAGUACCAUCAGGGACAUUAAACAGAACCCCCCCACACACCUUAAAGUAGCUCUCCUCACCACAAGGAAAGGACUUUCCUUAAGGCCUAACUGUUCACAAACAAGGCUGGCUGCUCUGAGCCAACCUUUGCCUGUUCAUAAUGCCCUAUUCACAGAUGGAGGAUUUGUCACUCUCCUUGCACAAAACACGAUUGUUGAAGUGAGGGCUUUGUAUAUUAUUUGCUUGCCUCUGGGAGCAAAAGUGCUAAAAUCAUUUAUCCAACCUUACAGAAGAGGGGUGCUUGCAAACAGCAGCUAUCCCUCAGGACACUGAUCUGGGAUCUCGGGGCUGGUUUGAAAUGCAAUAGGUAGAAGUGGUUACCAGCAAAACCAGAGCUGAACUGGCCCAAAGGAGUUCAAGUACAGCAAGUUGGUUGGAUGCGUUGGGUGAAGCUGAAUGUGUUGGUACCUUCUUAUAGGUACAGGCAUUGGCAUUCCCACUGAGUACCAGUAAAAGCCCACUGGAGAUGAGGUGUAUUCUGCCUGUCAGACAUUCCAGCUUCCUAUUUCUGUUGCAAAUCAUGGGUUGGUUUGUCAUAAAAACAUAAUUGUCCUGAAAACAUAUUAAAUUAUCAGCUAAAGUGCAGGGUCCCUGCAUGGAGGACUAUGCAUCCAUUUAGGCUCCAAAACAUUGGCUUCAACAGAGCCCAUAAGGACCCCCCAACGACACUAACAGCAACAAAUCCAGUUUCAGAAAGCAGUGCCUAUAAAACUUCAGGUACACGAACAUCAACAGCACUUCAGUGAGGUUUCAUGGAAAGAACAGAACAAAUUCCCAUCCUGUAGUACUGACUGCAUACGAGAAGCAUCCCUACCCACCUACACCACCCUUCAUUGAAGUACAGACAGGAGCACAACCCCACAAAGCUGUACUUUGGCUACCAAGAAGAGAAGCGCAAACCUUUAGAAAAAUACAAUGCAAGAAAAGAUUUGAGAUAAAAAUAUAGACCUUUGGUUAAAAACCAUCCUUUAACAAGAGUCCUUUGAACUCAGCUAGAACAAAAAAAGCUUCACUUAGACUGAACAGUAGUAAAAAUUAGUUCUAAGAGCUAACCCACAGAACCCUCCUAGAAUGUCAGUGCGCUGCCUUUCCUUUGCAGGAUUUACACGUCUGAUGUUCAGUAUUUAUAGGGAUCGUUAUAUUUGCAGCAAUAAACUAUAUCAAUUUGUCAUGAAGAGAAUGUACCACGAGCUCCUCCACCAACAGUCUGUACAAAAACAGUGCUGCAAGUUCUUAAUUAAAGAACCGUUGAAACA